AUGGAAGAAAUUGUUGUACAGGACUUGGAAUUGAAGUCACUGAUCGGCUUCGACGGAAAUCCGUCGAACGGUUUGAUAUUGCAUCCGGACGGCGUUCACCUGAUUUAUCCACUCGGCACCAACGUGACCGCGUACAAUUGGUCCACCAAGGGGCAGCGGUUCUUCGUGGGGCUGACCAACAUCAUAUCGGCGGUGGCCGUAUCCAACACCGGAAAAUACGUGGCCGCCGGCCAGGUGAACUACAUGGGUUUCAGAUCGCCGAUUAUCAUAUGGCACUUUCAGACUGGCGACGUGUUGACGAACUACGAGUCGCACAUGGUUCGCGUCGAAUCGGUGACGUUCUCUUGCUGCGAACAGUACUUGAUAUCGCUGGGCGGCAUCGACGACGGCUCCAUCAUCGUGUACGAGAUCGACAAAAAAGAGGUGCUGUGCGGCUCGUCGUCGGUGAAGUCGACCGCCGGCAUAUCGACCGUGAUCAAGGCGGUGAACUCGCGGAACCGGUGCUUCGUGGUGGCCGGCGACAACAUGCUGCGGCUGUGGACGUUGAACAGGGAACAGAGGAACCUGCAGGGGCUGGACACGUCGUUCGCCAAGAUCAAGCGGAGGAUCUUGUGCACGGCAAUCGACCGCCUGGACGAGUACGCGUACUGCGGCACCAGCACCGGGGACGUGCUCAAGGUGAAGCUGAACUUUCCCGCGGACGCGACCGCGCAGAAACCUUCCGCGUCGCCGACUCUGGUCGGCUGCUUCGCCAAGUAUCCGGCCGCCGGCAAGAAGCGGCCGGCCGGCGUCACCGUGGAACUGUACAGCAAGGGCGUGACGUCGCUGCAGCUUUACGGGGACGACGGGACCAUGAUCGUGGGAUCGGGCAACGGCGUCGUGGAACUGGUCCGGCAAAAGGCGCAGCAGAAGCGGUGCGGCUACGGCCAGAUGGCCGAGAAGCGGCUGGCCUCGCCCACGCACCCGCUGCUGGUGGCCGUGCUGUCGGCGGACGUCGAGUCGACCGUGACCAGCAUACAGUCGAUGGGCGACCACACCGUGCUGGUGGGCACCAUAAACUGCGAGCUGUUCGCCGUCAGCGCGGCCACGUUCGCGGUGACCCGCAUGUUCACGUGUCACACGUCCGCCGUCCACGACCUGGCGUUCCCGCGGGACUACAGCAAGGUGUUCGCGACCGCCAGCAGGAACGACGUGCGCGUCUGGUCGGUGGACACGCUCCAGGAACUGCUCCGGGUCACCGUCCGGAACUGCACGUGUUCCGGCGUGGUGUUCUCGCACGACGGCGCGCAGAUCAUUAGCUCCUGGAACGACGGCCGCAUCCGGUCCUUCACGCCCGAGACCGGCCGGCCGCUGUACACCAUACACAACUGCCACAACAACGGCGUGUCGGCCAUAGCCAUGUGCAAGGACGGCGUGAAGCUGAUCAGCGGCGGCGGCGACGGACAGGUGCGCGUGUGGCAGUUGAACGGCACCGACGGCAUACUGCUCGCGGUGCUCAAGGAGCACAAGGGCGCCGUCACGUCCAUCGACCUGCACCAGCUGGGCCACGAGGCGAUCACGUCCAGCGCGGACGGCACGUGCAUCGUCUGGGACAUUGUCCGGUACACGCGGCUGUCGAUAAUGUUCUCGUCCACAGUGUUCACGAGCGCCAUGUACCACCCGAAUGCUUCCCAGCUGCUGACGAGUGGCACGAACCGGUACAUCGGAUUUUGGGAGGCGCUCGACGGGUCGUUAAUCCGUGAGAUCGAGGGGUCCGCCGUGGCUGCGAUCAAUUCUCUGGACAUCACGCCCACAGGCAAGUACUUCGUGACUGGUAGUUCGGAUCAGACGGUUAAGGUUUGGCUGUACAACGAGGGGGUGCCCACACACGUGGGCGUUGGCCACGCGGGUGUUGUGACCAACGUGAGGGUGAGUCCGGAUGGCCGGUACUUGGUGAGCACGAGCGUGGACGGCGGCAUAUUCUUGUGGCGUUUCCCGUACGACCGGGAGGCUGUGCCGCCCAGCAGCCGGUGCUCGACGGCCAGCGGUGUGAGCGCAGGUGAACAGCAGACGGCUCGGUCACGGCAGCUGUCACUUAAGAAGUCGAUGCCGGUCCGAAAAGAAAACAUUUCCGACAUAUCGUCGGCGCAGAAGGUGAUGUCCGUGUUGGUGAACGGCGGGGCCGUUGGCGACGGUGAUGCGGGUGCCCGCGAUGGCAGCAGCAGUAAGAAAAUUUGCAAACCGUCGACGUCCGUCCAAUGA